CCUGGGGCCUGUAGGCCUAGCCUCUGACCCUGGGGCCACACAGCCCAGGCCUGCCCCAGCGCCAACAAGUCAGGGGGCAGCAAAUAUUUAACUAGACACAUUGAUCAUUAACAAGGGUAGGAAGGAGUCCAAACUCAGCCUCCCUCUGGGGCAGAGACCAGCUGGGCCUCAUGCCUCCUGUGGAGAUGCUGGGCCCCCGAGUCUGGUCCUCUGUGAGGCAGGGGCUAAGCAGGGGCCUGUGCAGGAACAAGGGGGCCUGGGCCUCAGGGGAGGGGAGGAAGGUGGACAUCGCAGGCAUCUACCCCCCUGUGACCACCCCCUUCACUGCCACCGCAGAGGUGGAUUAUGAGAAACUGGAGGAGAAUCUGCACAAACUGAGCACCUUCCCCUUCCGAGGCUUCGUGGUCCAGGGCUCCAACGGCGAGUUCCCCCUCCUGACCAGCAGCGAGCGCCUGGAGGUGGUGAGCCGCGUGCGCCAGGCCACGUCCAAGGACAAGCUCCUGCUAGCCGGCUCUGGCUGCGAGUCCACUCAAGCCACGGUGGAGAUGACCUUGAGCAUGGCCCAGGUCGGGGCUGACGCCGCCUUGGUGGUGACCCCUUGCUACUAUCGUGGCCGCAUGAGCAGCGCUGCCCUCAUUCACCACUACACCAAGGUUGCUGACCUCUCUCCAAUUCCUGUGGUGCUGUACAGUGUCCCAGCCAACACAGGGCUGGACCUGCCUGUGGAUGCAGUGGUCACGCUCUCCCAGCACCCGAACAUCGUGGGCAUCAAGGACAGUGGAGGUGAUGUGACCAGGAUCGGGCUGAUUGUUCACAAGACCAGGAGGCAGGAUUUCCAUGUGUUGGCUGGAUCGGCUGGCUUCCUGCUGGCUGGCUAUGCCGUGGGAGCUGUGGGGGGCAUAUGUGCCCUGGCCAAUGUCCUGGGGGCUCAGGUGUGCCAGCUGGAGCGACUCUGCCUCACAGGGCAAUGGGAAGAUGCCCAGAAGCUGCAGCAUCGCCUCAUUGAGCCAAACACUGCGGACAGGAAAAGCAGGAGCUUCCAGGGCUCUUGGGGACUGUUCUAAGAGUGGUAUCUUUCUCAUCUGAUUCUUGUGACAGAGGUAGGUGUUAUCACCUCAUUUUACAGACUAAGCAGCUUAGGCUGCCCCUUGGGGACAGAGGAUUCUUGCUGCCAUCCUAGCUCUCUGCAUGCCAUCCUACCUUACCCAUCACUCUGUGCCUCUCCUGUGCCCGCUCUGGGCACACACUCAAGAAUGCCUGGAACACCUCUUGCUGCCUGGGCUGCAGGCUCAGCCACCCCAAGAGCAGCUUGAUGUCACCCUAUUGCCCUGCCCUGCGAACACAAUGUGCUUCCUCCAUUCCUGCCCCGGCUAUAUUUAGCACUUUCCAUGGUCUUUACCACCAAAAUAUUCAACCCUUUCUCAGGUCUGAAGGGGGGCAAAUCAGAGAUCUUCAGAGACGUGUGGUGGGAGGAAGCUUUUCUCUAGCUACUUCUUAUUUCCAUCCUCACCCCUAGGUCUUUCCCACCCUACUCAGGUUUUUGUUGAAAUGCCCAGGUUAUUAGAACAUCACAGCUGGGCCAGGCCUGGGAGGAGGCUUGCUGAAGGCUACAGGCCUCUCGUGGUGAAUAGUUAUUAGUCGACCAUUCAUCAGUGGUUCCCAAAUUUUUAUCCCAACCUUUUUUAUUAUUUUUACCUUCAUGAAGCCCAUACUUCUAAGCUUUUACCUUCCCUCCAAAUAAAACUUUAUUAAGUAAUAAUUAAUUUCCUAGUUUUUAGGUAGUCAAAGAUUCAUCUAACACUUCUGAUCAGCAUGAAAUAACCAGUUGCUAUGCUAACAGCAGAGAAACUUGGUGUUUCAUUUUCUGUAAAACUCCAUGCGUGAUUUUAAAUUAUGACAAUAGCUCUAGGUUCCCCAUUACAAUGGAAAAGACUUUAGAGAUCAUGUUGUCCAGGCCCCUCAUUUUUCAGGCAGAAAACUUGCUCAGAGAUAAUAAGUUAAUGAUACAAGUUUACACAGUGAAACUUCUUUGGACAAGGAGGCAUUGUUUUUCCCAUGGGAGCAUUUAGAGUUGGGGUCAGGGAAGAGCGAGGUGGGGGGUGGG